UUGUCAGUCACACCGCGACACCGGCGUCCGCGAGUCGUGUCCGAUAACGUUGUUCUAAAUUUGAAUAACGUUUGCAAAUUCGAAUAACGUUGAAAACAAAUGAACAUCGGAUUUUGUUAGUGUUGUGUCUGUAUGCGUACGCUUGACAACACAUUGACUCUAAUCUUAACGUCUAGAUAUAGUAUGGUGCCAUGAUCGUGUAACAAAUUAAUUUUGAGUAUAUAUAACUAAUUAAGUUAAAAGUGAAACUAUGAAAUAGUAGUAAAAACGAUAUAAAGUGAAAUAGUUAACUGUAUUCUGAACGACUGUGAAAUAAUCUCAACAUGGCGACCGCGGCACAUGUAGGCACCAAAGGUCUCGAAGGCCUCCACAGCGUGACGAUCAGGCAGAAGGUGACUGGUUUCUCAAACAACAAAUACGUGGUGCUGGCACCAGAUGGCGCUGUCAUUCUGUACGCCAAGGAAAACUCCGGCGCACUCAACCGGCUGUUCGGUGGGAAGGACCGCGCUUUUGAGAUUAACAUCUAUGACACACAGGAUAAAGAAGUAGUUCGCCUUCGCCGGCCCUACACCUUCGGCCCCGACAAGAUGGACGUAACCUUGUGUGGCAGCCUCGUCAGCGUGGUCCGACAGGAGGUCACCUUCUUCAAGCCUGUUCUGAACAUUAAUGAUGCCAAUGACCGCCCUAUGCUGAGGGUCAAGGGACCUAUGGCUACUGCUGGAGAUGCUGAUUUUAAAUUGUACAACACGAAGAAGCAACAAGUUGGCGUCAUCGCCAAGCGCUGGGGCGGGCUGGCAAGAGAACUCUUCUCCGAUGCUGACCACUUCGUGAUCACCUUUCCUGCUGACGCUACCGUCGGUGUCAAGGCAGCUAUCAUCGGGACUUGCUUCCUUAUAGACUUCCUGCACUACGAAAACUGAUCGGCGAAGCUGAAGAUGUUAUCUUUGAUGUCGUAUAAAAUGCAUUUAAAAUUAAGAUAAGCCGCACUUGUGCUUUAAAAUAUUAUAUAGGGGGAGUCCGGGAGACUUGAACCUCUUUUUACUCAGAAGCCACUAGAGAUUUAUCCGUAAGUGUUAGCAACUCGAUAUUUCGUGUAUAGAUGACAUAUCUAAAUAGGUAUCUUUAGAGCAUAGCAAAGUGCUGAUAAAGUACAAAAUGUAAGUUCUGCAAAAAUAUUUUUCUUAAACGGGGUAUUGGCUCAAGUCUCCCCAACCUAUGGGAGAGUUGACCAGGGGGUGUGGGAGAUAUGACUAAUUGACUAUACAUAUGUUAGGUAGGAAAAACAGUGAAAAAAGUGCUGUUUAAUCCAAUAUAUUUAUUAAUAAAGGAAAGUAGUUGUAACAAAGUAUUUUUACCCAUAAAACAAAAUGUUAAAAUUUAAUAAACUUUAUAAAAUUUAAAAUCGGCAACCUUAACAUGAAAUUCAAGAGAUCAAUUAUCUUUAAAUUAUUAUUAUUAUUAAUUAUUUCUAUCAGAUCAAUUCAGUCAACAAAUUAUCAAAGGCACAUGCAAGGUCCUUUUCAUUUUACAUAACAUAAUUCUUCAUGUCAAAUAAAGUUGUCCACAUCUUUGUCAGUGAACCCAUCGCAAACUUCGUGAAUAUACCUAUCCUUUGCAGGAACCACACAGUCGAACAUUUUUUAUGCAACUUACGUCGGUGGCAAACAAGCAUACGGCCCGUCUGAUAGUAAGCAGUGACCGUAGCCUAUGGACGCCUGCAACUCUAGAGGUGUUUUAUACGCGUUCCCGACCCUAACACUCCGCACUCCGUACCCUCGUUGAGCUCUGGCAACCUUACUCACCGGUAGGAACACAACGCUUGUUUUUUAUUUUAUUUUUGGAUUUUUUUCUCUUGUCGCUAUCUUGCAACACCUUCCUCUUACCUCCUUUGACGUUUGGCCUGCAUAAAAAUAAAGCAAACCCUUAUUUAAGCACAGUGUGGGAGAAUUGAACCACUGAUCAUGUCUCCCUACCACCAUGCGGCUCAACUCUCCCGCACCCCCCUUUACUUUAUAUAGAUUAUGUUUUCUUUAUACUCUUACAAUAAACAUUCCAAAUGAUCACUGUUAGUAAAACUACAUUAACCAACAAGUACAAUAAGAUAAAAUAAUACUACUCACCUGUUUAAUUGUCAAAAUAGUGUAAAAAUAUAAAAUUGUAAUUUUUUUCACUUCGCGACAGCGAAACCACGUUUACUCAAGUCAUUUCCAAACCAGACUAAUUGCGGCCAAUAUGGCGUCGCCAAAAGUUGCGCCUUCUGUUAAAGUACGACAUGAGCUGUCAACGGCGACGGUGGCGCAAAAUUUGAAUUGAAAUAUUUGUCGUGGUUCAACUCUCCCACCUGGUCAUAUCUCCCGGACUCCCCCUACGUACUGUUUUUAAAAUAAACCAUUUUAACGAUCA